AUGGCAGGUCAAAAUGAUUAUGGAGUGUCAACGCACAAAACAGGUGGUGAUUUGUACCAGGAAGCACUCGUUGCUUUAUCAUCGCUGGUCAUGAAACGUGAUAAAGGAGAACAGUUUGAGUUUGCGUCUCAUUACAUCAAGAUACUUGACUUGGAAGAAGACAUUUCGAAGCUGAAAGUUAUCCAUGUCGCCGGAACCAAAGGCAAGGGAUCCACAUGCACCUUUACUGAGUCUAUAUUACGUAACUAUGGCUUCCUAACUGGACUCUUAACUUCACCUCACCUCAUUGAUGUCCGUGAAAGAAUUCGUUUGGAUGGAGUCGAAGUAAGUGAGGAGAAGUUCACAGCAUAUUUCUGGUGGUGCUAUAACAGGCUGAAGGUAGAUGUUGUUAUUUUGGAGGUGGGACUAGGUGGGAGGAUUGAUUUCACCAAUGUGGUUAAGAAACCUGUGGUAUGUGGUUUUUCAUCUCUUGGAUAUGACCACAUUGAAAUUCUUGGUGAUACACUCGGAAAAAUUGCUGGUGAGAAGGCAGGAAUUUUCAAGCUUGGAGUUCCAGCUUUCACAGUGCCCCAACCAGAUGAAGCUAUGAGUGUCCUUGAAGAUAAAGCUUCUGCGUUAGAUGUGAACCUCAAAGUGGUACAACCAUUAAACAAAAGGCUUUUGAGUGGUAAGAAACUCGGUCUUGAUGGGGAGCACCAGUAUCUAAAUGCUGGUCUAGCAGUCUCACUUGCCCACACCUGGCUUCAGAAGAGUUGUAACCUUGAAAUUCCCAAUCUGAAUCAGAUGACUACAGUACUGCCUGAGCCAUUCAUCAGAGGGUUAGCUACAGCUAGUAUGCAAGGACGAGCACAGGUCAUACCUGAUCAAACUGGAAAUCUAGUAUUUUAUCUCGAUGGAGCUCACACUCCUGAAAGCAUGGAAGCAUGUGCAAAGUGGUUUUCUCUUGCUGUUGUGGGAGAUGAACAGACUGAUAGUACUUCUGAAUCUUUGGUUAAAGGAUCAGAAAGUAAGCUUGAGAAAUGGUCCGGGGAAACCUGCCAACGGAUAUUGCUUUUCAAUUGUAUGUCUGUUCUGGAUCCGCUUCUGCUUUUAGCACAUCUAAGGAGUACAUGUGCUAAGAACGGUGUUGACUUCGAGAAAGUCUUGUUUGUGCCAAACAUGUCCAUGCCUCACAAUGCCUUGGUGGAGAAUAAAGAUGAUGAUUCAUCGGUUGAUUUGUCAUGGCAGUACACAGUCCAAAAAGUGUGGGAAAGCCUUGUUGGGGAAGAAGAUGGAGGAAAGAGUGAGGUGUUUUCGUCUCUGCCAUUGGCAAUCAAGUGGCUCAGGGACAUUGUGGUUGAUUCACCCACAAGAUUCCAGGUCCUGGUCACAGGUUCGUUACAACUUGUGGGUGAUGUACUGAGAUUAGUCAGAGAAUGA